UUUGAACAACAUCUAAACCCAUGGCGCCGCGGACGUCUCUAACUCUUAGGAAGCAGGGAUUUUUGUGCGAAACUUUCGUCUUGCUGCUGAAAUCCAGGAGUUUGGCAGAUAGAAGAUAUUUUGGUGGUUGGUUGAGGUCCCUGUUUGCCUACGACAUCAAGAAAGAUGCCAGGAAAGAUGCCCACUCCAGCCUGCUCGCCAAGAAAGCCACAAGCGGCCUCUACGAGAUCCAGUUUCACAAUGUCAAGCCAGAGUGCUUGGAGGCCUACAACAAUCUAUCUGAUGAGGUCCACAGAGAACUGCACAGUAAUGCAGAUUACCCGUGUGAAGUGGCGGGCAGUUGGAACACGUGGUAUGGGGAGCAAGAUCAGGCAGUGCAUCUGUGGAGAUACUAUGGCGGGUAUCCUGUACUAACAGAAUGUUUGAACAAACUCAGACUCAGUAAGGCAUAUCUUGAGUUUCACAGGGAAAGGAGCAAGAUGUUAAUCUCUCAAAGGAACCAACUUCUUCUUGAGUUCAGCUUCUGGAACCAGCCUGUACCCAGAACUGGACCCAAUAUAUACGAACUGAGAACAUACAGGUUAAAGCCUGGAUCAAUGAUUGAAUGGGGAAACCACUGGGCUCGAGCAAUCAAAUACCGCCAAAAUAACAACGAAGCUGUAGGGGGAUUCUUCACACAGAUCGGAGAGCUGUAUGUGGUUCACCAUCUGUGGGCUUAUACGGACCUGCAGUCCAGAGAGGAGACCAGGAACUCAGCGUGGUUGAAGGAGGGCUGGGAUGCCAGUGUGCACUACACAGUACCUUUAAUCCAAAGUAUGGAGUCCAGGAUUUUGGUUCCCACAAAGACUUCUCCUCUGCAAUGACAGAGGAGGCAGUAGUGCGUGUGUGUGUGUGUGUGUGUGUGUGUGUGUGUGUGUGUGUGUGUGUG